CCUGCCCCGGGUCUCUCUCAUCUGUCUCCCUGCCAGGCUGCAGGAGCUGGCAGUGGGAGGGCCCCCCUCCAUCCUGCUGUUCAGCCUUCCAGAACAGCCCUAGCUGCAGUGCAGAACCCGAGCAUGGAAUUACUGUCCUCCCCUCCUCCCGCAUCCCUCCUCCUCCCCCUUCCUCUUCUCCUUCCCCUGCUGGCCCUGCGCUCAGGUUGGCUCCUGGGAGAGCUGUCCGAGGCCAGCUGGCCGCAGUUUCAGCCACAGCAACAGCCGAGUGGCCGCGAUCGCCCAGGGCGGAGGGGCAUGGGGCUGGCCGGUGUGUGGCAGGCACCCUCCUGACUCACCGAGGGGUUCGUGUGUCACCCAGUGCCUGUUUGUUUGCAAUAGCCAGGACCCUUGCAGCUGAGUUAGAAGAGGGGGAAGCCCGAGUGAUCUGCCUAAUGGAGCGGGGGCAUUAGGAGCCGUGGCUACAGCAAGUUCUCCCUCCCAUGCUGGGGGAGGGGAGAAGAGAAAACAAAGGCGAGGAGGGAGAGACUUAAACCCUCAACCCUGAUGAUGUGUCAGUCAAACACCUUGCAAGGAGCAGACCUUCACAAGGGGAAAUGGUUGCAAUUCCCCCAGCUGGCCCUGAGGCGAAGGUUGGGCCAGCUCAGCUGCAUGUCUAGGCCUGCUCUGAAACUCCGCUCCUGGCCUCUCACAAUCCUCUAUUACCUUCUGCCUUUCGGUGCCCUUAAGCCUCUGAGCAGAGUAGGAUGGAGGCCCGUGAGCAGGGUUGCCCUGUACAAGUCUGUACCCACGCGGCUGCUAUCCCGGGCCUGGGGGCGGCUGAACCAGGUGGAGCUGCCCACCUGGCUCCGGAAGCCUGUAUACAGCCUUUACAUCUGGACAUUCGGGGUAAACAUGAAGGAGGCCGCCGUGGAGGACCUGGACCACUACAGGAAUCUGAGCGAGUUCUUCAGCCGUAAGCUGAAGCCGCAGGCCCGGCCCGUGUGUGGCCUGCACAGUGUGAUCAGCCCAUCGGACGGGAAGAUCCUCAACUUUGGCCAGGUGCAGAACUGCGAGGUGGAGCAGGUGAAGGGGGUCACCUACUCCCUGGAGUCCUUCCUGGGCCCGCGUGACACCCCCGACGAGUUGCCCUUCAGCAGAAACGGGAAUGGCAACGGCGGCGGCGACAACGGUAGCAACAGUGGUGGCAGUGGCAGUGGUGGCGGCCAGGUCUCUGCAGCCACAGCUCGCAGCUCCUUCCAGAACCAGCUGGUCACCAAGGAGGGGAAUGAGCUGUACCACUGUGUCAUCUACCUGGCCCCUGGGGACUACCACUGCUUCCACUCCCCCACGGACUGGAGAGUAGCUCAUAGGCGGCAUUUCCCAGGCUCCCUGAUGUCAGUGAAUCCCGGCGUGGCCCGCUGGAUUAAGGAGCUCUUCUGCCACAAUGAGAGGGUUGUACUGACUGGGGACUGGAAGCACGGCUUCUUCUCCCUCACGGCUGUGGGUGCCACCAACGUGGGCUCCAUCCGCAUCUACUUCGAUCGGGACCUGCACACAAACAGCCCCAAGUACAGCAAGGGCUCCUACAAUGACUUCAGCUUCAUCACGCACAGCAACAAGGAGGGCAUCCCCAUGAGAAAGGGCGAGCACCUUGGAGAGUUCAACCUUGGCUCCACCAUCGUCCUCAUCUUCGAAGCUCCCAAAGACUUCAAUUUUCAUCUGAAGCCAGGGCAGAAAAUUCGAUUUGGGGAAGCUCUGGGCUCCCUCUAGAGCCAGCAUCUCUACCACAAGGUUGAUGCUCCCAAGGAAACUCCUUCAGAUCGGCGCGAGGCCAAGGCUUUGGACUGAAAUGGAAGCGGCCCCCGAGCCUGGCUGUGGGAAGCAACAAGGUGCCUUGCUCUGCUUGGACAGGGAUUGGGAGCACCAAGGACUUUGUCCCAAGGUCCCGUGGUCCCCAGCUCUACCAGUCAAGCCUUUGAGAAGGGAGGAGAGAGGGAACCUUGCCUUUUCCUGUGCCUUCGGCCCCGAGGUAGUGCAGGCGCAGGGAUAAGCUGGAGUUUAUUUCUGGAUUCUGCACCAGUUUUCUGAACUGGAAAUACUAUGUCUAUACUGCAUCAGGUUCCAUGGGUAAUGAUUUUUUUUUGAAGGUGGUAAACAUUUUAAUUCUCUUUCCGUUAGUGGCCAUUGUGGGAUACAGCCCAGCGUCAGCCUCCUCCCAAUAAACACUCCCAUGAUUUCCUGGAUCUUUUCAGGCCUUAAUCCCUCCCAGUGUCUAAUCCACUGCCCUGCCCUGUUCCCUGGAUCCUCUGGGCGCAGGGCAGGCCCUGGAGCCUGAUCUGGGCCUGAUCCCAGUCGCCCCCACCAGGGGCGGCCAGGGCUCCAGAAGGGGCUUCUUUUUGGUGCAUGGGGUGAAAUGCACCCAGCAUUGACUGUGGACCAAAAGCUCAGCUCCUUGAGCCCACUCCAGACAUUUGGAUGAUUUUUGGUGUUUGUUUCAUUUCUGAAAAUUUACUUACUAUGGAAAUGGUGGGGGAAAAGCCAAAUCUUCCUUUGCACUUACUACUGGGAACGUCUCUCCUCUUUCUUGCCAACAUAGGCUGUCUGCUAGGGCUUGUCAGGGAGGCUGUGCAUGAAAAUGGAAGGCAGGCCUCCGGUUGGGGGCAGGGGCCCUUCCUGGACUAAGAACAUUGGAGAGAAGAGCCAAGGCCAACAGGCCUUGUUGAGGCUCCCUUGGCUCAGCCACUAGCAGCUGAACCAAGGGAGCAAAGAGCAGGCGCGGCCAGGAGAGUGAGAGGAGUGGCCACUGCUGCCCAGCCCAAGGUGGGAGCAUCCCCUCCAUCCUGGACACAGGUCUGGUUCCCAUUUUCAUCACCUCUGGUCCGUAGCUCAGACUUGCAAGAAUGGCGGUGGAGGCGGGCCCUGGGGAGCAGCCGUUUGCUACUUGAAAGGGGGCAGAAGAGGCCCCUCCCCCUCUGGUGGGGAGCUGGCACAGUACGGCCAGGCACUGCCUGGACACCUGCACCAGGUACAGGGAAGUUGCUGCUCUUGAUUUCAAUCAGCUUGUGUUGAAAGAGGCAGGCAGAUGGGUGUGCCCCAGGCCAGCCCUUUGGGGCGCAGGGGCAUUGCCAGGUAAACAAAGGGGAAAGGGACAGGUUUCCUGAUGAUGCUGGUGAUGCUGUGAAUUUCUCCUGCCUGGAGAAGCCAUUGAAUCUUCAACUGUAUCAGUAGCACAGUAUUUUUGUAUGUCAGUGGAAGACUUAGGGAACAGUAAUUCAUUUAAUUGCAGACAUUUUCAAAUAAAAAAAUACAUUGCAACUGCUCA